GUGCUGCUGCAAGGGGGAAGCGACGAAGACGAUGGCUCUCCACCGCCUGCCCAACGUCCUCACCGUCUCCAUCAAGCGGUACAACCUCUACGGCGUCAAGAUCAACCGGAACAUCACCUACCCGGAGCACCUGGACAUGCAACCCUUCACCUCAACAUCUCAGGGCGAGCCCGCGAUCUACUCCCUGUACUCGGUGCUGGUGCACAAGGGAGCCGACUCAAACAGCGGCCAUUAUUAUUGCUACAAUAAGAUCAGCGAUGGAAAAUGGUGCCGGAUGAACGACUCCAUCAUGCGGCUCGUCGACACCAAGGCUGCGAUGAGUGAGCAGGCCUACAUGCUCUUCUAUAUUCGGUCCCCAGAAUUGAAUGCGCAACCAACAGACAGCUACCGCCCGCUGGAGCACGUCAAGGCGACGUCUAAGUUGUGCAUCAAACGUUCCCACUCGGCGAUGGAGACCCAGGACCUCGUCACUGAACAGCAGCUCUCUUCACCGGCACGCAAGAAACUCAAGAUGGCGAACCACCCCAACGGGAACAACUGCAAGGGCGACAGCAAAAACAGCGGCAGCAGCAGCUGCUACCGGCAACGCCAGGCACGCAACAGCCGUGGCCGCCGCCGCUAGUCCCAGAGCAUCCGCCAC